AGGCUGGACUAGCGACGGGAACGGAGGGGGAGAAGAGAACACAGAUCGGGAACCGGGAAGAGAAAGAUUCACAACAACUGAUGGAUGGUAAUGAGGAACCCUACCUCAAAAUGAAGGCCAAUGAAGCUAGGCAAGAUUUGGCACCUCCAUCCGUCUCACCACAGGAUUCAGGGAUGUACUCACAACAUAUUGAUGUCCAGGAUGAAUUCUUCAGUCAGGAAGGAUUCACAUACACGGGAUUCCUUCUUGGUGCUAUGGCGGGGUCUGCAAAUAAUCAAGAACCUUAUGCUCAGGAUUCAAAGAGCAAAGACACAAAAUCAGAACUGACUCAGGAAAACGACGCAAACUCAUCAUCUACAUUGCUUCUCCAACAAGAUGAUGAUCCAUGGAAUCUAACCAUGUUCGACAACUUGGAGCUAGACCAGCUUUAUGAUAAUGCUGAUGGAGAACAAAACAAGCAGAGGGGAAAAGAAAAGGCAGAGUUUUACCAUGAUCAAGAAUCGACGAGCACGGUGAUUCGCAAUCACACCCAAGCAAAUUCAAAUGAAGACCAACAAAAAGACAUAACUGAAGAAGAUAUCCAUAUAUUCCUAGAAAAUGAAGAAUUAGCUGAUGAGGGAAAAGAAAUGGAUGAAGAUACACAAAAUGACAACAGCCAGUUAAAACCUGAAAUGGGAAUGGAGUUCCAGACAAGAGAAGAAGCUCAGAAGUUCUUCAACUUAUAUGCUUACAACGUUGGCUUCUCGGUCAGCAUUGUCUCUUCUUACCGUACUACAAGCAAAAAACGAAAUAAUGAGGUAAUAAGGUUCACUAUGAAGUGUAACAAGUACGGCAAAACAAAUGAACAAGAAUCUGCACAAAUAGUACCACAGAGACAGAGCACAGUCAUAGCAAAAACAGACUGCAAAGUUGAGAUGGUGGUCAGUGAGAAAAAGGGGAUGUGGCGAAUCACCGGGCUUAUCCUUUUGCACAACCAUGAACUAUGCCCGCAGAGCAGAUUUUACAGAUCACACAUUUACAUGUCAGAUGGUGAAAAAGAAAUGAUUAGGACCAUGAAACAUUGCAACAUGCCCACUAGAGACAUGGUUGCUGUCUUGGCAUACAUACGAGGAGGGAUGGCCCAACUACCGUACAACAAGAGAAAGGUGAGCAACUACAGCACCACUAUAAAUAGGGAGGUCACAAACAAUGACAUGAUGGAGGUGUUGGAUUGGUUUUCAAAAAAAAAAGACUGAAAACCCAGGGUUCUAUCACUCACUUGACUUAGACAAGGACAACAAAGUAAGGAGUGUAUUUUGGGCAGAUGCAAGGGCAAUCCUAUAUUACGACAUAUGUGGUGACUGUGUGAGCUUUGACACAACAUUCCUAACAAAUAAGUAUAAUCUUCCGUUUGCACCAUUUGUUGGAGUGUCACCACAUGGAAAAACCUACCUAUUUGCAUGUGCAUUCAUUGUCAAUGAAACAUCAGAGAGUUUUGAAUGGUGCUUCCGGGAGUUUAAAAAAGCAAUGGGUGGAAAGUCACCAAAAACAAUUAUAACUGACCAAGAUAGAGGGAUGGCAAGUGCAAUACCAGCUAUUUUCAAAGAUGUUGUACAUCUCAGAUGCUGUUUGUUUCAUAUUAAAAAGAAAAUUGAUGAUAAAGGAGGCCCACUUUUUCAAGCAAAUGAGGGCCUAUAUGAGGAACUACAAGACAUCAUUGACAAAUCUUUGACAGUCCAUGAAUUUGAAACACUAUGGCAAGCAAUGAUCAAUGAGUACAGUGUGGGGCAUAUUAAGAUAUU